AAGGUACCAUAGACGGGUUUAGUUUGGUGCACUGGGCUCUCUGUCAUUCAACACCACAGGUGGUGACUGCUCUGCUUGUCUAGAAGAAGAACUUUUUAAAUUCAAAGAGACAAUGGGAGAGUGGGGUUUUCUGUCUUCUCUGCUGGACAAGGUCCAGUCCCACUCCACCGUCAUCGGGAAGGUCUGGCUCAGCGUACUUUUUAUAUUCAGGAUCAUGAUCCUCGGAGCUGGAGCAGAGAAGGUUUGGGGUGAUGAACAAUCCAAUAUGAUUUGUAAUACCAAACAGCCUGGCUGUAAGAACGUCUGCUACGACCUCGCCUUCCCAAUCUCACACAUUCGAUUCUGGGUCCUCCAGAUUAUCUUUGUCUCCACACCAACGCUGGUCUACCUCGGUCAUGUGCUCCACGUCAUCCACAAAGAGAAUAAGAUGAGGCAAUACAUGCAAACUCACUCUGGCAGUGAAAUCGUCAAGCUUCCCAAGUACUCUGACGAUAAAGGCCAUGUCAAGAUUAAAGGCAACCUGCUCGGAACCUACAUGACCUCCAUAUUAUUUAGAAUCAUUCUGGAGGUAGCGUUCAUUGUGGGGCAGUAUUAUCUGUAUGGGUUUGUCAUGGACCCAAGAAUCGUCUGCUCCCGAGCUCCAUGUCCUUUCACUGUAGAGUGCUACAUGUCUCGACCCACUGAGAAGACCAUCUUCAUCAUCUUCAUGCUUGUAAUGUCCUGUGUCUCUCUUCUGUUCAACGUAGCAGAGAUCUUCUACCUGGCCUGUUGUCGCUCAUCCAGAAAAAGGUCUAAAACUGUUCCAGCUGCUGCUAUUGCCAUUCACCCACAUUUCAAUGGUGAAGGUCUGAUUAAAAAAGAGUAGCUUAGCCUCCAUAAUGCCAGUCACAGCACAGCGUGAGGAAUUCCAUUUAGAUCCAGUGUGCAAAAUUGUUGCAUAGUUAACAAGCAACAGGAGGGUAAAUAAAACCUGGGCCUACAUUUGCAAUAGUUAUUUAUUUAUUUAUAUGACGCUUAAAAAUUGCAGAAAUCAAAAUUUGGAGCCAUACUGUAUAUGUUGACUAUUUGUGAAUGGGAGUAAUCAAAUAUCUAAACAUGCACAAGAAGAAUAAAAUAUAUUGAAGUCUCAAUGAAGCCAACUUUUAAAAUUUGCUGGGUUUUUGUGGUUUUAUUUUUAUUUCUUUUUUUUGUGAGGCACUUUUGUAUACUGCAGCCCCUAAGUGACAAUUGGUAAUUGUGACCUUUAACAUUUACUGUAGUCACUCUGCUGUGGCCUGUGAGUACAUGGGCUGAAUGUCGGAGGGACCUGUCCAUACAACUUUACUUACAGCAGAUACCUUUGUCUAUCAUUGUACCAAUUCGUAUUAGGCAAAAGCCACUGUGUAGCUUUACAGGCGUGUUUGUUCUAAAGAAAUAUUUAAGGGCUCUUAGUGCUACUUUUCUUUUUGAAUGUAUUUUUUUCAGUUUUACCAAAAUGGUUAAAUGUUCAAGGAUGACUUUCAGAACUGUAAAUAUUUUAAUUAGAAAUCAUUUGUUUUUCAUGUUUGGUUUUUUAAUAUGACUGUUUUGAUUGAUGAAUUCCUUAAGGAAACACAUAACUUAUUAAAACAUGUUUGGAGUUUA